GAAGUCGGAACCCACUACCUCUUGGGGAAGUGAAGGAACCACAAUAAUUGGCUAAUUGCCAUUGCACCAUAUAACAGAUUUGGGUUUUAGUUAUCAAAAUUUUUAAUAUAGACCUACUCUUUGAGCAAAGAUAUUUUUGGGGAAGUAUUUGUAGUAUUUCCCAAACAACAUUAUCCAACACAAAAAUCUCAAGGAAAAGACCAACACCUAAACCCUCUUCGUCUCAAAAUGAAUACUCAUUCAAACAAACUGUAAUUGAAUCAAAAUUCAUGAGAGCGGUAUUUGAAUUCGACUUCUGACUAUAUGUUCGAUAAUUGCGCUUAAAUUGUGUCGUUUUGGCUGUAGAGAAUGGUGAUUCCGACCACUUUCAGCCGCCCAAUUAGCUCUUUCAAUGCCAUCACUUCGCCCUCUUUCUGUUUCUUGAGGCCUAACUUCGCUUCUCAAAACAAUGCGGCCAACUCUUACAGUUAUCAGCGUCUGGUUAUUAGUUGUUGUGCUGCUGAAGAGGAUUCCCUGAAUUUGAGGCAACCACAGAUUUCAUCUAUGCCUAUGCCUCCUUAUAGUGUGGCAAUGAAUGGUAGUAGCAAACAGAAAACCACAUAUAGAUGGCGUCGGGUGUUGCUGAAAGUAAGCGGGGAGGCACUUGCUGGUGAUCGAACACAAAAUAUCGACCCAAAGAUAACAAUGUCGAUUGCAAGGGAGGUUGCAUCUGUUACUCGGCUUGGUAUUGAGGUUGCAAUUGUUGUUGGCGGUGGAAAUAUCUUUCGUGGGGCGUCUUGGACAGGGAGCAGUGGCCUUGAUCGCUCUUCUGCUGAUUACAUCGGGAUGUUAGCAACGGUCAUGAAUGCAAUUUUCUUGCAAGCUACAAUGGAGAGCAUCGGCAUCCCAACAAGAGUCCAGACAGCUUUUCGCAUGUCAGAAGUUGCUGAGCCAUACAUACGAAGACGAGCUGUCAGGCAUUUAGAGAAAGGAAGAGUUGUAAUUUUUGCAGCCGGAACUGGGAAUCCCUUCUUCACAACGGAUACUGCUGCAGCCCUUCGCAGUGCAGAGAUUAAUGCUGAGGUGGUGCUUAAAGCUACAAAUGUUGAUGGAGUUUACGAUGAUGACCCUAGGUUCAAUCCGAAUGCCCGUCUUCUUGAAACUCUAACUUACCAAGAUGUAACUUCAAAGGAACUGUCUGUCAUGGAUAUGACUGCAAUUACUUUGUGUCAAGAGAACAACAUUCCAGUUGUUGUGUUUAAUCUCAAUAAACCGGGUAACAUAUCAAGAGCCAUAAGAGGUGAGAAUGUUGGCACGCUGAUCGGAGGAGCUGAGAGAUCAUCAGUGACAACGUCUUGAAGAAAAUUGUCAGCUUUCGUCGUUUUGAUGGUAUUUGCUUUAGCUUAAACUUUAGAACACAAAUAUACGUACUGGCCUUUCUCCUGUUGAAUUGAACUUGAGGAGGUCGGAACUUGAGGGUCCUAUCUUUUUCAUGGAUGGUUAUUCCAAUUUAAUAUUGCCACUGUAAAUAACAUGACAUUCAAGAUUUUGGUCUGAAUCUUCGUAAUAUAAUUUAGUUAUUGCUCUCU